GCUGCAGCAGCUUCCAGGAUAUGCCUUUGCACGGGCUCUUAAUCGGCUAAGCCACUAGGUGGUAGUGAAGCAAUGGUAAGCUCUGUUGUCCCCUGACUGCCGGGGGGGGGGGCGUUCCUUGAAGGCAGUCAUUCACCUUGCCAGAUCCAAAGUCUUCCCCCCUCCCCCUGGAGGUGGGGACAUGCAGGGUGGCAUCGCCUGCCUCCUUUUCCAGAGAGGAAUCCAAGAGAGAAGGCUGAGCAGCAGCUUCCAGAGAGCUCCCUUCCUCCACCAUGAAGAGCGUCGCCCGUCCUUCUGCCCUUCUGCUCUGCUUUCAAGCUGUCUUUGCCUUGGACCAGCUGAAUUGGUGCACAGUCUCUGACAAAGAGCUUGCCAAGUGCAGCGACAUGAGCAAAGCCUUCUUCAGGGCCAACAUUCGACCCCUGCUGACUUGUAUGAGAGGUGUCUCAGCCAGCGACUGCAUAUCGAUGAUCAAUGCAAGUGUGGCAGAUGUGGCAGCCGUGGAUGGCGGCACCAUUUAUCAGGCUGGGAAGGAAUACAACCUGAAGCCAGUGGUGGGAGAAGCCUAUGGCCAAGAUGUUGGCACGUCCUACUACGCAGUGGCUGUUGUGAGAGCAAAAUCCAGCUUGACUAUCGACAGCUUGCUGAGGACCAAGUCGUGCCACACGGGCAUCAACAGGACAGCCGGUUGGAACGUCCCCAUUGGCUUUCUUCGUGACAGCGGCCGGAUGCCAGUGAUGGGCUGCGAGGUAGCUGCAGCCGUGGGCAACUAUUUCAGUGCUAGCUGCGUCCCUGGAGCCAGUGGAAACGGCUACCCAGCUAACCUCUGUGAGCUCUGCAGAGGAGACGGGGCUGGCCGGGGGAAAUGUGAGCUGAGCCCCAACGAGGAUUAUUACGACUAUAUGGGCGCCUUCAGGUGCCUGGUGGACGGAGCAGGGGAGGUGGCCUUUGUGAAGCACAGCACAGUCGCCGAAGCCACCGAGGGCCAAGCUCCCCCCUCGUGGAUCCCGCCGGGGCUUCAGGCCACGGACUUCCAGCUCCUUUGCCGGGAUGGCAGCAGAGCGGCCGUGACGGAGUGGAGGUCCUGCCACUUGGCCCGUGUCCCUGCGCACGCCGUGGUGGCCAGGGAGGACGCGAAUGCCAGCCUCAUCUUCCAGCUGCUCAACCAGGGGCAGCAAAGGUUUAACACCGAAGGUGCUGAUUUCCAGAUGUUUGACUCUUCAGCCUAUGAUGGAAAGAAUCUUCUCUUCAAAGACUCCACCAUGGAGCUGGUUCCUAUUGUGGGCCAGUCCUACCAGGCCUGGCUGGGGGAAGAGUACAUGCAUGUCGUGCGGGGACUGGACUGUGACCCUACAAGGCUGCCUCCCUUCCUGCGCUGGUGCGUCUUGUCUACAGAGGAGAUCUGGAAAUGCAGCCAGAUGGCCACGGCCUUCAAGGAGAAGCAGCUGAAGCCGGAGCUGCAGUGUGUUUCGGCAGAGAGUCCCGAGCAGUGCAUGGAGCGCAUCCAGAACAGAGACAUUGACGUUGUGUCUCUGGCCGGAGAGGAUAUUUACACGGCCGGGGAGACAUAUGGCCUGGUGCCAGCUGCUGGCGAGCAUUAUGCAGACGAGGACACCACCAGCACCUACUACGCAGUGGCCCUCGUGCGGCGGGUGGCUGAUGACGCCUUCACCAUCUACGAGCUGCAAGGAAGGAAGUCCUGCCACGCAGGUUAUGGGACAAUGGCUGGGUGGAAGAUGCCCAUUGGCCUCUUGCUGAAGAAGGGGUUCAUCCGUCCUCAGGACUGCAACAUCCCCAAAGCGGUGAGCACCUUCUUCUCUGGCAGCUGCGUUCCUGGGGCCCCAGGAGAUGGCUACCUGGACAGCCUGUGUGAGCUCUGCAUUGGGGACCUCAGUGGCAAAUACAAGUGCAGUGCCAGCAGCCAAGAACGUUACUAUGGCCACGCUGGAGCUUUCAGGUGUUUAGCUGAGGGUAAAGGCGAUGUGGCCUUUGUCAAGCACUCCACAGUCUUUGAAAACACAGAUGGGAACAACACGGGCUCCUGGGCCUCCCAGCUGCGCUCGGGGGAUUUCCAGCUCUUGUGCCCAAAUGGUGCCCGUGCAGAAGUUAGCCAGUUUGCCCACUGUCAUUGGGGACAGGUGCCCGCCCACGCCAUCAUGGUCCACCCAGACACAAAUGCUUUGGCUGUUUUUGGACUUCUGAACAUUGCACAGGACUUCUUUGGCGACCACAAUGAAAAUGGAUUCCAAAUGUUCAACUCUACAGCCUUCAAAGGGGAAGAUUUGAUCUUCAGGGACUCCACCGUUGCCAUUGUGCCAGUUGGGGCGAGGAGGACGGCCAUCUCCUGGCUGGGGGAGCCAUUUGUGGAGGCCCUGCAGGGCCUGAGGGCUUCCCAGUGCUCUGGUGCAGCUUUGUCAGUGAAUGUCUUCCUCCUGCUGCUGAUGACAAGUCUUGGUCUUGCUGGAUUCUGCUGUCCGUGAUCCAUUGGCUGAAUGCCAGCAUGCCAGGAGGCAAAAGGCAGCUGCAACAUGGACCACCACCACAAAGUCAACAAACCAAUCAAAUCAGCUGGCCUGAUCCAUCUGGAAGAAGUGGAGCAUGCUGGGCCUUCCUUUUUCCUCAGACCAUA